AUGUAUGACGCAGUAGACAAGCUGGAUCGAGAAGGCGUGGUUGCGUUCAUCUCUGGUUUGCAGCAGCCCGAUGGCUCCUUUGCUGGCGAUCGCUGGGGCGAGGUUGAUGUCAGGUUCGCCUACUGCGCCCUUUCGGCACUGACGAUUCUGGAUGCCCUUGAUAGCAUCGAUGUUGAUGCGUGCGUGGGAUGGAUUCUGCGCUGCAUGAACUAUGAAGGCUCGUUCGGACCCGUUCCACGAGCGGAAUCCCACGCGGCAUAUGUCUUCUGUGCUGUUCAGGCACUGGCUUUGGUCGACGCUCUUCGUGCAGUCGAUGUCGACCAGCUUGGAUGGUGGCUCUGUGAGCGGCAGACCCCCAGCGGUGGCUUCAAUGGCCGGCCUGAGAAGGCCCCUGACGUUUGCUACAGCUGGUGGAUCCUCUCAGCGUUAGCCACGAUCGACCGCGUGCACUGGAUCGACGUGGAGAAGCUGGCUGAGUUUAUUCUGGCCGCCCAAGAUGAGGAUGGUGGCAUCGCCGAUCGGCCUGGUGACGUGCCGGACGUGUUCCACACCUUCUUCGGGCUUGCUGGGCUGUCAUUGAUGAGGCGAGUGGACUUGGCGCCCAUCCACUGCGUGUACGCACUCCCCCUCGAGGUUGUGCAGAAGAUGAAGCUUCCCCCAAUCUUGCCCAUCUAUGACAGCAGGUGA